CCUCAUUGUUCCAGUCACCCGCAAUGGACACACCGCUGCUUUGGGAGUGGGCAUCAUUGCGUCUGCGUUGCCGGAGAUCGACACCACUUGCAAUUGCUGCACAAUCUAUUCGCUUUUCUACUUUUGGCUAAGUGAUCGUGGGAUGGAAUACUUGUAUCAGGACUCCGCAACCCAGGACAACCCAGGACAUAUGCAUUUUGGGCACCGGGUACGAUUCGUAGCUAUCCUAAAUCCUGAGCUGUUGAUGCCCCGGCCAAUAAUCAAGCACAACAUGGUCUCUCAUCCGCCCUAACAAGUGCUCGGAUUGACCUAGCGUGCGGGACGGAUCGUCAUGCCCACUGAAGCUCGAUGCACCGCACCCAAAGCUGUCCAAGAUCCUCAGACCAAGACAACCGCGUUGUCAGAUGAAAUUCAAGGCUUGAAGGAUCCGAUGUCCACACGUGGGGUCCUGCAGGAAGCGACCUUCGGAUGCCAAGACCCUUCAGCGCAGUCUCUACAACCUUUUUGGCGGUUAGCUCGUAUUUGGCCUCCGUCGAAAAGUGGUGCCACUGAAACAUCCGAAAUCGAGCAGCACAUCUGGCUGUUCGUAUACCUGUAGAAAAAUUUCUCGAUUUCACGUGCAAUAAGUUCGGGUCCGCGUCAAGGCAUUGGCUUGCUUAUGCGCCACGUCCGCAAGAGUCAGAUCCGGGUAACCGCGUCAUCCCGCACAAAGUCAAGUGAUGAUGAUUAUACCUUUGUAUUCCUCGCAGACUGUGCUCCAUGCUGCCCAAAUUGUCGAGAAAUCUAGACUUUUGGAGCCGAUGGAAAUGCAUUUCCGGCCUUGAACCCCGCAAGAGGCCGAUCGCUGUCGUGAGAAACAUACUGAAAAUCACUCCCUCAUUCUUGUCUUUACCGCUUUGCACUUGCAAGCAAAAAGAAACAAAAAAAAAUCAGAAUACAAUUCUUGAGCGGGAUAAUGGAACGUUUUGCACCUGUAAAGCCGGAAGAUCUCUCAGCUGAGGACAAAGCACUUUGGAAUGAGCUUUCCGAAAUCAAGGAUAAACUUUUCGGGGACCAGUAAGACAGCACAACGUGCGAAUCUGGUCUAGUUCAGAUCAUUGAGAGCAUCGAAUUAGUUUUGUUCUUAAACAAGCUGAUGGUUCUUUUGCUGGACCAUUUGAGACCGCUUACGAGCUUCCUGACGCCUUCCGUGCGUUUAUCAAUUCCGCUGUCCAGCUUGGAAAAACGCCAGAGUUGCCGAAAGAUGCACGUGAAACGGCAAUCAUGGUCGUGGGAGCGUAUUACAAUAGUGGAUACGAGAUCUACGCACACGAGCGCUUGGCCAAAUUGGCUGGGUUGACGUGGCGUCAAAUCGAUUUUAUAAAGAUUGGCAAAAAGCCAUCUGGAGAGGAUGAGCUGUCCGAGAGUUGCUCCAUUGCCUACGACGUUGCUAUCGAGCUACUGGAGGGCAGCGGACGGAGAGGGCGGCUGAGUGAUGAGAUGUGGGACAAGGCUGUGGAAGCAUUCGGCAAAAGAGGGGCACUUUGCCUGGCUCAUUACAUUGGUUAUUAUGCCUAUGCAUGCAUGCUGAUGAAUGCUGCUGGCGUCGGACUUCCACAAAGUGAAAGCAUAAAAAAAGUGGAAAUUUAAAGGUAUGUUAUUCAAAAGCGCGCGGCGUACACAGUAACAAGUUGGUGAUGCAUUAAUUAGAUAUGCUGAGAUGAGUAUGUCUACUUUAACAGACCUGGCCCUGCCGGCGAAAUUUGUGCCUAAACGAUUACAAAUUCUAAAUCCUAUG